AUGGCUCUCUCCGGUGCUGAGAGAGCCCGACGUUGUCGAGAGAAAAAGAAAGCAGCAGGUUUACACGAAUUAAUAAAACAACAAGAUUGUGAACGUAAACGACUUGCUCGUUCAAAAAUGCCACCAGCUAAAUUAAAAAAAUUACGUUUACGUCAACAAACUAAUCUUCGAAAAUUUCGUUCAAAAUCAAAAUUAAAUCCAACUCGACUAUCACCACCUGAAUCAUCAUUUCGAACGAAACAAUCUAAAUCUAAGGCUUUGAACAGAAUUUUAAAUGCUUUGCCCGCAAACAAAGACAAACAGUUUGAAUUGAUCAAAGAAAUUGCUGCAAAUUUGAACAUUGUUAAAUUAGAAAAAAAAUUUGAACGUAAUCAACAGUCAUUAUCAACAGAUGUAAAACAACGAGUAUAUGAUUAUUAUUUUCGUGAUGACAUAAGUUAUCAAGCACCCGGUAAACGAGAUUCAAUUACAAUUAGAGAAAAUGGUGAGAAGAAAAAAUUACAAAAACGUUAUUUAUUAUAUUCAUUAAAUGAAGUUUAUCAAUUGUUUGCUGAAGAAAAUCCACAAGCUGUGAUUAGUUGCUCAAGUUUUAAAAAUUUACGACCAUGCAAUGUUUUAUAUAAAUCAGCAACACCACACAAUCUUUGUUUAUGUAUUUACCACGAGAAUAUAUCUCUUCUCUUACAAGCAAUUGAUGAACGUAUUCAUGGCAUUAAAUCGAUUGAUUUGAACUCAUUUAUUAAAUUGCUAGUUUGUGAUGAUAGUCAAGAAUUAUGUAUGUUUAGCAAUUGUAGUCAAUGUUCGAAUAACUUUAAAAUGAAAAUUCAAGAUCAAAUGAUUGAUCAAUUUGUAAUUAUUAAAUGGUCGUUAUGGUCAACAUCAAAAGAAGGUCGAACAGUUAAAAUUGAUUAUGAAGGAAUAGUUCAAAAUUGUAUUAAUAUUUUACAAACUAAAAUCAAUCCUUUUUUAUUUCAUGUCUUUAUUAAAAGACAACAAUCGAAUUUUUUUGAAAUGUUGAAGAAAGAUGUUACUGACAAAAAAUGUUUACUUCAAGUCGAUUAUGCUGAAAAUUAUUCUAUUAUCGAACAAAACGAAAUACAAAUGGAUGGCAUUGGUGGAUCAGUGAAAAGAAUGGUAUAUCAAGACGUACUGGUUGGUAAACGAUGCAGAAAUGCAAAUGAUUUUUUACAUCUAAUUGAACAAAAAAAUACUUCAUUUGUAAUCGAUGAAUUAUCACCAGAUGAAAUUGAACAUGGUCGUGAUGGUCUUGGAUUAAUUUUUAAUCAAGUGAAGGCAGUACCAAAUAUCCAAAAAGUACAUUCAAUGACUGUUAUAGAUAUUCAUAAAAUUGAAUGUAAAAUUUAUUCUUAUAGUGAUAAAAAAACAAUAGUAAAUUUUUAA